CAAUCGUAAGACAAAAUUGGUGACAGUAUAUGUGCAUUCUGCUUGUACGUAACUCCGGAAUGUUAGAGUUUGGCCUAGUGGUUGUUGGUUACCUAACUAGCUACAAUGAUGCAUGCUGUUGAUGUUAUCCUAUCUUUUGGUCACAAUGAGAGAAUGUUUCUAAAAGAAAGAUCUUUCCUACGCUUUCAAGCUUUAUUCUGAAAACAUCAGCAUGGCAGAUGUUCGUGCUGAAAUUCUUGCAGCUAGUCGAUCCAGAACUGGCUGGUUAGACAGUAAUGUCCAGAACACUGAAAAACGGCCCUAUAUAAAUACGCUCAAGUCAACAUUUGAAGAAAAGUCGCAUGAAAAGCAAGAGAAAAAAACAAGUGUGAGCCGAUCAGAACCAACAAGACGUUUAGGUAGUAAAGUUAGCACAAUAGCCAACAUGUUUCAGUCACUAUCCCCCCCAAAAGAGGAGUUUUUGAUGAAAAGUAAAACCAAAUUAAGCCGGACGGAAUCACCUUCAAAAGUUCACCAAAUUUUGGCAAAAACUGAAACUUCAACAAAAUCUCAUAACAUUUCACAAACAAAUCAUGUUGCUGUUGGAUCUUCCAGUUUGACUCGUAAUGAGGGUCAUGUUACAAGGUUUAAUUCUGCUCGUGCUAUGUUUGAACAACUUGAAGAAAAAAGUAAAAGGUUGUCAACAGACAGUACUACAUUUAGCUUGAAGCAAUCCAUUCAUUCUUCAUCUAGCCACGAAACUACUCCAGACCAACUGUCUCCAAGCCUCUCAUCCUCCCCAGUAAUAGAACUUCCUGAACGACUUACCAGUAGUUCUAAUUCUUCUUUGGUUAUACCGGAAUCACCUCCUUGUACAGUUUCAGAACGUCCCCAGAGUCUAGACUUUCCUAUAGAAACUGUCACUUUAGAAUGCAAAAAAUCAAGUAUUUUAGAAGAUUCAUUAGUAGAUGCUUGUAAAAUUCCAACUGUUUGUCCAGCACAGAACAAUGAAAUCAAACGUAAAAAUCUUGAAUCUAGUUCUUCUGAAAAUGUUGAAAGCAACAGAAUACUUGAAUGUACAGAAACAAAUUUUAACUUAAGUCCAAGUUCAUUAACUACAGCUAAUUUUCAUCCUACAAAUAAAAUAGAAGUUCAUGUAAAACUGGAAGAUUACACUGAAACUCAAAUUGAUGAAGAUAUGUCACAAGUGAAAAAUGUGUCUGUGUAUGAACAUCCUUGUGUUCAUUAUGAGCCAUCUAGGAAUGGCUACCAUCCCAGUCUUGAUGCAACUACUCAUUCAUCUGAAGAUCCAGGAAAUACUGAAUCCCAACAUAAUUUUUCCACAUUGUUAGCAGCUGAUCAGUCUAACCACAAUAUGCCAUGUGAUCAGUUUUUACCUUAUAGUGAAGCAACUUUGCAGGUAUCAGAUUUGAAUUCAGAGCUUUCAAAAAACUCCAUUUCAGUGAAGGAAAAUGAAAUAUCUUCAGAAAAGGAUGAAGAUACGUUAUUUGAAAACAAAGAUGGUUUACUGGUUGAUGAAGCAGAUGUAAGUGGAGAAAGCUCUCACAUGAGUGAUAACUCACCAGCCACACCUUUGGAUGUGGAAAACUGUAAUGUAGGACUGGAUAAAGAUGUCAUAGACGCAGAGAAAAAAUAUCCCGUGUACAUAGGUAAAGAAAAAAUAAUAAUCAAAGACCUUAUUGAAGAAUGUGAACCUAAGGCUAUAGCUGGUGAGGAGAAUUGUGAGAAUUUUUACAAGAGUCAGUCUAACUAUCAAGCUGAUGAAAACUCUGUAUCACCAUCAUCUGUAAAAACUGACAGUGAAGGAGACAGAAAUGAAGGAGACUUGACUUCACAUAUUGAAAUUUGCACUCCUGAUGACAUUUCCCCUGCUUCUCCUGAUAUUUCAGUGCCUAUUACUAGAAGGAAAUGGGAAAAACCUCUCUAUCCUGAUUCAGUUGACAGCCCCAAUACCAAGAGUGAUGGAAUCAAAGGAUAUGAAUUUGGAGAGUGGUCUCAGGAUAAGCAUAUUUGGAGUGAGCAAGACAGAGAAGAUCUUCAGAGCUUGAGUUCUGUCUACUUUUUGUCCCAGGGUUCUAAGCAUGAAAUUAUUCCUGAAACAUCAAAAUGUGUGAAAGAUGCAGCUGGUGAGACUUUAGCAGAAUUUGAGUGCCGAGAACAUGAACUAUUUAUGGUUGAGGCAGUCUUGGAAUCUGAUCAAUCUACUAAUCAGGGACCUUUUAGCAACCUAAAAGGUAACUGUUCUCAUUUGAAUAAUGAGGUGGAGUUGAUGACAUCAGAAGAAGCUGAAAGGUUUCUUAGUUCAAGGAUUUUUCGUUCACGGCAAACUAUGUUAAGUGAUGAAGAGGCGAAUGAGGUAAAGUUACUUCUUUCCCACCAAAAUGAAAAUUCAAUCACAAGUGUGGACUUAAAGACAUCAGGGGAAUUCUAUAACUCGGCUCUUAUGUCUUUGGAUGGAUCAGGAUUAGACGAUGAAGGAGAAUCUGCUUCUGAGAUUCCCUGUUCGCCAGGUUCAAAGAUCUUUUACAAUAAUACUGAAUACCAUAUACUUGAAGGGGGCCAUUACUUCACUGAAAUUUUAGGUUUAGCGGAAGAAAGUGAAGAUGAUGAAGUGACUAUGUACUGCCCUGUUGUGGCUCGAAAAAAGACACGAGUUAAGUUUAGUUCCAGUCCCAUCAGAGUCUAUAGUACAUACUCUGUUGAUGAUUAUGAUCGGCGAAAUGAAGAUGUUGAUCCAGUGUCUGCCUCUGCAGAGUAUGAGCUAGAGAAACGUAUUGAAAAGAUGGAUGUAUUUCCAGUAGAACUUGUAAAAGGUUCUGAAGGUUUGGGGCUGAGUAUUAUAGGAAUGGGUGUUGGAGCUGAUGCUGGACUUGAAAAACUAGGUAUAUUUGUGAAAACUAUAACAGAUGGUGGAGCAGCUGACAGAGAUGGAAGAAUCCAGGUGAACGAUCAAAUCAUUGAGGUGGACAGCAAGUCUUUGGUCGGAGUAACUCAGGCCUAUGCUGCAUCAGUGUUAAGAAACACAUCUGGAUUAGUACGGUUUGUUAUUGGUCGUGAAAAAGACAGCACCAACAGUGAAAUAGCACAGCUAAUAUCACAGUCGUUGAAAGCAGACAAAGAACGAGAAUCUCGGCAGCUCACCAUAGAACAACAGUACAUGCAGCAAAAUCGUGAACAAGUAAAGACCCAACCUCUUCAUUCCUUGGAUAAUUCACUUGAUUCAACACCUGAAGAUGGGGAGGAUAAUCCAAUUAUAGAAGAGCUAAACAUGAAUAAUGAAAGUAGUGACUCCCUGUCACCUGAAUUUGAAGUGGAAACAUUGAUAAUUAAACUUAAAGAAGCCCAAUAUAAACAGGGAUUAUCAGAAACAGAAAUCAAAAGACUGAAAGAAAAAGUAAUGCUACUAGAGCAGUUGGAGUCACAAAAUUAUGAACUGAUUCAGCAAGCAGAAAUAGCAGAAAAUCGUUACCAGCAUGCAGAACAAGCUUUACAAGUCACCCAGAGAGACCUGGCUAACUACAGGCAGUUAGUUGAUGAUUUUCAGAGACAGUCCUCUGCUUUAGAGAAAAAGUACAUCAAAGCCAAAAAGCUCAUUCACGAAUUUCAGAAAAG